AUGUACAAAUCCACAGCGGUCGUCGCGGCGUUGGCUGUUAUGGGCGGUGUUGCCUCGGCGGCGGAUUCUACUACGGUGCUUUGGUUGAUUGGUUUUGAUCAGCAGCCUGUUGUGGCAUCAAUUGUUGGAUCGGACUCGAAAGCGACGACUUAUGCGCUUGCGUGCCCAACUCCAGAGAGUGAGGACUGUGGUGUUCCUACGGGCUUCACAAUCACCCAAGGCCCUUCAACGCUCCACUACCUCCAGACAAUGUCUGAUGAGGGCCAUGUAGCCACAUACGAUAUGGGCUGCCAAAUAACCAGCUCGAAAACUGGAACCUGCAGCGGGACCGUCGUUGAAAUCGAAAGCGGCGGACAACCCAAAACCAGCAUCCUGACCACUCCCAUUGCCGCAAGUGACCUUGGAGGGGUGACGGUAACAAUCACGGCCGGCGGCAAGGUGGCCGCAACCACGUCGGCUGCUACGGAGACGACGAAGCUGACUCCCUCGGGGAGUAAGGCGGAUACUGGGUCGACGUUGAAGCCGACUGCCUCGGGGAGCAAGGCGGAUACUGGAGCUGCUUUGUCGACGGGUGGUGCGGCUCCAACUGGAACUGGCGCCGCUUCGGGGGCCGGGGAGUCAAAGACCAGCACCGGAGGGAUGCCGAUGAUCACUGGAAAUGCUCAGUGGGUUGUCGGGGGUGCGGCGGCGGCGAUUGCGAUUGCAGCCUUGUAG